UUAAUACUAAGGAAUCAUCCUCAAGUUCUAGUGCUUUGCAAAAUAUAAUACUAGAAACAAAAAACAAUACAAAUGAUGAUAUAGAAGAAAAAUUAACCUACUAUAGCAAAAUCUUUAAUUCUGCUUUAAUAUUGUAUAAAAGAGAAAAAACCAAUGAUCAGUUUACAAAGAGUUUCGAUUCACUAGUCAACCCAUUUGCCAAAACUGUCGAAGAAU